CCAUUUUAUUGACUCCAAGUACCAGCGAGGAGGUUAGAAGUGGCUCUUUUACAAGUCAUUUUGCUGUUAAAUUUAGCUGUCCUAUUUUCAUUAUCCCCAUGGCUUUGGCAAGGGUGAGCAGCCUUCCCUAAAAGGCCUCGUUUCAUACAGUAAGUUAUUUGCUUCUCUCCUGACAGAUAUCUAAGCUUAUAAGGUUUGUCUGCUCCACUCAAUAGCAGUAUCAGCCUUCAAUCUUGUGUGAUUAGCAUCAGCAUUUCAUAUUUGCUUUUGGCUCCCUGUCUGACAGCUUUCCAUGUUGCUGAGGGCUGGGGCGUUGGGACUGCAUCACGUCACUUGCAACGUGGGAUCAUCUGAUUUUGAUUCCCAUGCUUCAUGGUAUGCCCAAAAGAUUUGGAUAACGGGCUCAGCUGCUUUUUCCCCAGUUUUCUCUAUUGGCCAGCAAAGAGGAGCUGCCGGGCCAGCGGUGGGCACAGCCCACACGGCAAACAGCGGGGCUGCCGGGAGGCUGCGGCACAGCCCUGGCGCAGCCAUGGGGCAGAAGUGCAUGGACAAGGUGUCCUCCUUCCUCUUCGAGUAUGACACCCCUCGGAUGGUGCUGGUGAGGAACAAGAAGGUGGGACUGACCUUCCGGCUGAUCCAGCUCAUCGUCCUGGCGUACAUCAUCGGGUGGGUGUUCCUCUACGAGAAGGGUUACCAGUCUCAGGACAGCAUUGUCAGCUCGGUCUCGGUGAAGCUGAAAGGGCUGACGGUGACCAACGAGAGUGUCAUGGGCCCUCACAUCUGGGAUGUGGUGGACUAUGUUUUCCCACCCCAGGGGGACAACUCAUUCGUGGUGAUGACCAACUUCAUUGUCACCCCUGGACAGAAACAAGGAACCUGCCCAGAGCUGCCAGAUGCCGGGCUCUGCACACGGGACAGCGACUGCAGCAAAGGGAAAUACAGCCGGCAGGGACAAGGGCUCAUGACAGGCAAGUGUGUGCCCUUCAACAGCUCGGUGAAGACCUGUGAGAUCUUUGGCUGGUGCCCUGUUGAAGUUGAUGAACAUGUUCCCAGCCCUGCCCUGUUGUCAGAAGCAGAGAAGUUCACUUUGUUCAUCAAGAACAGCAUCACCUUCCCCAAGUUCAAGGUAUCCAGGCGCAACUUGGUUGAGAGUGUUACCAAACAGUACCUGAAGAAAUGCACCUACAACAAAGCCACCGAUUCCUUGUGCCCUGUGUUUGAACUGGGAUACAUAGUGAAGGAAUCGGGUCAGAAUUUUACCUUCCUGGCUGUUAAGGGUGGAGUGGUGGGCAUCACCAUAGACUGGAACUGCGACCUCGACUGGCCUGUCCGGUACUGCAAACCCAUUUACCAGUUCCACGGCCUUUACAAUGAUGACAGUAACGUUUCACCGGGCUUCAACUUCAGAUAUGCCAAGUACUACAAAGAAGAUGGGAUGGAAAAAAGGACCCUCUACAAGGUGUUUGGGAUCCGGUUCGACAUUUUGGUGAAUGGCAAGGCAGGCAAAUUUGACAUCAUCCCAACCAUGACCACAAUUGGCUCUGGAAUUGGUAUUUUUGGAGUGGCCUCUGUCCUCUGUGACCUGCUCCUGUUGCAUUUUCUCCAAGGACGGGACUAUUACAAGCAGAAGAAAUUCAAAUACGCAGAACAGGAGCCUUCAAAGUCACAUAAGAAGGAAAAGGAGCCGGACAACACGCAGUGAGAGAAUCCACACUGACCGACAAACCUGCACCCUCUUCCUCCUCCUCCUCUCCUAAAACACGGUCGCCAUCCCCUGUCACCAGCCUGUGCCAGCCCCAAGGCCAGCAGGAGCAGUGUCCAACACCGGCUCAUGGGAAGGUGGUGCCCUGCAGCCAGGGCAGGGGCUGGCCGGCCCAGCAUCCAGCCUCUGAGGGGCACAGGGAUGCCGUGGGUGGGCUACUAAGGGACCCUUGGGGCCCUCUGCCAGCCCUGCUGCAGGGCACUGGGCUCUGCUGCCAUUGCAGACCCUUCUGAAGGGCUCCCACAGCAUCCUGCCUGGUGUUCCAAAACCAUGCCAGGCCACCCCGCACCUGAAGCCCCUGGGGAGACCAUUGCUGCCUCUCCCUCCCCAGCGGCACCCUUGGACAGCUUCAAAUUGAGGAGAAGGAGAGGGAAGGAGAGCUGGCAGGAACCAUGCCCAGUCCCUCAACAUGGGAGAAAAAUG